UCAGCUAUGGUAGAACAAGCGAAGAAGCUGGCCGCCACUCGGGCCAUUGAUGAAUACGUUCAGGACAAGUCUGUCGUUGGAAUUGGCAGUGGAUCGACCAUUGUCUAUGCAGUCGAGCGUCUGUCGGAAAGGGUGAAGAAAGAGGGCCUCAAGCUGGUCUGCGUUCCGACCUCUUUUCAGGCAAAACAACUUAUUCGACAGCACGGUUUAGUUUUAAGCGACCUGGAAGAAAAUGCCUCUCUUGACAUUGCUUUUGAUGGGGCAGAUGAGGUGGACACUAACUUGACCUUGAUCAAAGGUGGUGGUGGUUGCUUAACACAGGAAAAGAUUGUCGCAUCUGCUGCCAAAACGCUCAUCAUCGUGGCGGACUACACCAAGAGAGCUAGCUUUCUCGGUGAACAGUGGCAGAAAGGCAUUCCUAUUGAGGUAAUUCCUAUGAGCUAUAAACUGGUCCAAAAGACGAUUGAGUCUCGACUCGGUGGAUCUGCUGAGCUUCGAAUGGCCAAAGCCAAAGCAGGGCCGCUGGUGACGGACAACUCCAAUUUUAUUCUUGACUGGAAGUUUGCUCCCAGUGUCUCAAAUGACUGGAAAGAGAUUAACACAACGAUCAAGCUAAUUCCAGGCGUUGUAGAAACGGGUCUGUUCAUUGGAAUGACUUCCAAAGUUUACUUUGGAAAUCAAGACGGCACAGUUUCUACUUUGUGA